UAUUAGAAAUCCUCUAAGAGUCAACACCAAAGACAACUUUCUGGAAAACAACAGGACAACAAAUUACAGCCUCCAGUAACACCAGAGCCAUAGCCCCUCUCUACAGCAUCCCCGAUUCUGAGCUCAGACAAAAUGGAGGAACUGGUCCAUGCUGGAACCAAACUCUCCCACUCUAUUGCUGCAGGCCCCAAGAUAUCAACCAAAAAACGGCGAGCCCCGCAACCACCACAGCCUCUGGGCCCAGCUUGCACUCCCCCUCCUCUUGUGAUAACUCUCCAGCCGCUGCCACAACACCAGGGCCCACACCCUCCUCCAUCUGCUGACCCUGAGGCGCAGAAAAACGCCACGGACAUCCUCAGAAAGAUGUUGGAGCAGGAGGAGGCAGAGCUACAGAACCUUCUGGAGGAACAGUCUCGAAACCCCACCCCUUCACUAAAGGAGCGAAUAGAAAGUUUGAGACGAAGAGCCAAUCAGGUCAGAGUGAAGAUCCAGCAGGAUGUGCGUAAAGGAGCAACUGUAUCUAAGGUGCUGGAAAAGAGAGAGUCAGUAGUUUCUGUUACACCAUCAAGUUUUUCUGAAUUAUUGGAUAUGCUGAGAAAUUGA